AAGAAGACACCCCAUACCAUAUAGUUGGUUAUUAAAUAUCACACAUGAAUAAAUGUGAAGCAAUUCAAACAAGUAAUUAACAUAAAAUUAGAAGUUGUAUGAUCUUGUAUGCUUGUCAGUGAGACAACUGUCCAGAGGUGGAUUUAGAGGCCUUCCAGGGGGCCUGCCCUCCUAUUCUAGCAAACAUUUCGUUGAUUAUAUAGAAAAUCAUUGAAGCAUGGCCAUAGCAGCCCCCUCUUAGACAGUCAGUGGGCCUUCACUUAUGAAUAAUUCUGGAUUCACAACUGCUGUCUACUAGCAACUUCAAAUGAAGUGGACGUAGGCAAUUAGAGGCAACUUUUUGCCUUUAACAAUGAGAAAAACUCACACCAUUAUAUAGCUGACUAUAAAAAGCCUUGAUAUGAAAAUAAGAAACAGUAAUUUGUUUUACCUCUUAGAUCUGCCUUAUUGAGCAACUUGUGCUAAUAUUGAUAACACUAACAGUAUUCUGUUUUACUCUCAAACGAAUUUUGAAGGAGCACAUCAUUAUUCCUAUACAUCCUUUUUGUAAUUUGGCAUAUUUUUUCCAUGGUCAAAUUCUCUCAGACUCAAAUUCAUUUCAUUUUAUCAUUACUAGUUAAUUUCUGUUAUUUUUGCAUGAUAUUUGCUUUGUUUGCUUUGUGUUUUUUGUUUGUUUUUACAGAAAACCUAGAUGCACAUUAAUUUUGAAAGGGACCAUUGAUCUGACCAACAAACAGUCUAAUGUCUGGAAUCAGGAAUUCAGUACUGUUGAAAUGGUCACGUAAGCGGCUUCUUCCAGAUGCUGUCCCUUCAUUGUUCUUGUUUAGGGAAAGCUCUACACCCAGAUCAACCAAAUACAGUAGACGAGAUGAUGUGGACUUAAGGGUGGUCAAUAAUGUACAGCUUGAAGUUGAGGUUGGUAACGAGGCGGAGGUCAAAGAAGAAUCUGAUGACUUAGAUGGUAUUGAGCCUAUGCAACAUGAAAUGGGAGUACACUGUACCUUACUUGGAAGAUUUGGUAUUGAUAAUUUGGAGAAUGAUUCAAAACGUGUCCAAUAUUAUACAUCAUUCAGGGACUACGAGCAUUUUAUGUUGUUUUUCAAUUGUUUAGGCCCAGCUGUAAAUGAGUUAAAUUACCAAUGUCUGUCUUUGACACCAAAAGAUCAACUGUUUAUGUGUUUACUGAAGUUACGUCAGAACAAAGAAGAUAUAGAAUUAAGUUUUUUAUUUGAAGUGUCUGAGUCAACUGUGUCAAAGAUUGUCAUAACUUGGAUUAAUUUCUUGUACUUUCAAUUAAAAGAGAUAAACAUUUGGCCAUCUAGAGAUAUUGUCACUGAUUAUAUGCCAGAUGAUUUUAAGAACAAAUUUGCAACUACCCGAGUGAUUUUAGAUGCUACUGAAACCCCUAUACAGAAGCCAUCACAUGUUGAUGCACAAAGUGUGACAUGGUCUAGCUACAAACAUAAAAACACAAUUAAAACCAUGAUAGGUUGCACACCAAGAGGCACAGUAUCAUAUGUAAGUGAUGCUUAUGGGGGUUCAGCAAGUGACCGUCAGAUCAUUGAAAAGUCUGAAUUGCUUCAGCUAAAUUUGAAUUUAUUUGAACCGAAAGAUAGCAUAAUGGCAGACAGAGGAAUAAUGGUUCAGGAUUUAUUUGCAGCACAAGAUGUGAAAGUGAACACUCCCACUAUGCUUAAAGGAAAAAGUCAGUUGGAACCUGAGGAAGUUGUAAGGGACAGGAGAGUAGCAUCCAAAAGAAUUCACAUUGAGCGAGUUAUUGGAUUAGCCAAAACAUUUAAGAUCUUGAAAAAUGAACUGCCAUCAGGCAAACUUAUACUUGGGUCUAGAAUUGUUUUUGUGUGUUUUUCUAUUGCAAAUUUCAGAAAGUGUAUUGUGAAUGAAAAUGCAUAAGAAUAUAUAUAUUUGACAAAAUUACUCAAAACCAGAUGAACUGUAAAUGCUUGUUUAUGUAAAUGUUGUUUGCUUAUUUAUAAAUUACACUUUAUCACUUUCAUGUGUCUAAAGUGAUUCUUUGGCUUUUAAUGGCAGAAUUGAUCCAAAAUAUUUAAAAGGCUUUGAAAAAAAGUAAGGCAAUUACUUUUAAUAUCAGAUUUACUGAAGCAUUUUCAAUCAUAACAUGCUUUUUAAAAUUUGCCAAAAUAAUAACAUUAUUUGAUUGUCUUUCAAAAUUUUGAAGAUAGUUUGAAACCCACAU